AUAAUCUCUUGGCGACUGAAGUCGGCACUGCGCUGUCAAGAAAUACCUCUUCUCGUCUUUAAAAGCCUCGGGAUCGGCCUCCCAACGGUUGGAUCCGGGUCGAGAUCGCCUCCCAUGGACGUGGUUCAGGUCUCGUCGGCCCCCCGGACUGUCGAGGAGAUCUACAAAGACUACAGCGGCCGCCGUGCUGCCAUCGUCCGCGCCCUCACCACUGAUGUCGAUGAGUUCUAUGCGAUGUGCGAUCCGGAGAAGGAGAACUUGUGCUUGUAUGGGCAUCCUGGAGGGAUGUGGGAGGUGACGUUGCCGGCGGAGGAGGUGCCGCCGGAGCUGCCGGAGCCGGCGCUCGGGAUCAACUUCGCGAGGGACGGGAUGAACCGGAAGGAUUGGCUCUCGCUGGUGGCGGUGCACAGCGACUCGUGGCUCCUCUCUGUCGCCUUCUUCUUCGGAGCCCGCUUCAAUGGCAACGAGAGAAAACGUCUAUUCACCAUGAUAAAUGAGCUGCCUACUGUGUUUGAAGUGGUGACUGAUAGGAAGCCGACAAAAGACAAGUCUGGUGUAGAUAGCGGAAGUAAAUCUAGACACUCAACCAAGCGAUCAAGUGAUGGGCAGUCGAAAAACAAUUCAAAAACAGUUGACGAGGGGUAUGGUGAUGAGGAUGAUGAACACAGUGAAACCCUCUGUGGAAUUUGUGGUAGCAACUACAGUUCAAAUGAGUUCUGGAUUGCAUGUGAUGUAUGUGAGAGGUGGUUCCAUGGGAAGUGUGUGAAGAUAACACCUGCUAAAGCGGAGAACAUAAAGCAAUACAAAUGCCCCAGUUGCAGUUCCAAGAGAGGAAGGCAGUAACUGCUUAUCUUGUCGUUCUAUACUGACUUAUUAAGCUGCUGAGAUCAGGUUCUGAUCGAAGGUAGUAUGUUAGGGGGUAAGGGUUGCUUGUCAUUAUAAUGUUAUAGUGGUUAUGCUGCAUCAUGAUAUAAGCUAUAGCAACAUAGGACCAUUCUAGAAAAGGAUCUCUCUUUCAAUUUCGAGGUGCUUGUCUUUGGACAUUAGAAUAAAAUGCAUGGUUAAAUACUGUCUUUGUAUGUAAGUCAGUCCUCAAGUACUUGAUUGCUUCAAAAGUCCUCGUUCUCUUAAUGGAUGUUGUGUUCUGUAGAUAU